CUAUAUUUUGCCAAAGAUUCUGCAGUUUAUAUACAGCUUAAGAGCUUGUAACAAUCAGCAAAAAUUUCGUAAUGGGUAAUUGUUCUUUCAAAGGGAUAGCUGAUGGCUUCCCAAACAGCAUCCGGGUUUUAACCGAUUCCGGGACUAUACUUGAGUUGAAGAGCCCGAAACUAGCUAGAGAAGUUCUUGAAAACUAUCCAGGCUAUGGCGUUUUCCCUCGAGGCCAUGCCUCAUCACCAUUGGCUGUUCAUGAACGCCUCGUUAGCGGCCAAUUUUACUAUCUUCUUCCCCUGGAAAAGCAGCAAAAACAACAGGUACAGGUAGCUGAGAAACUAGACCUCAAAUGGGUGGAGCAGAUGGAGCCACCGAAGAUGUCUUCUGCAGAUUUUGUUGACAGUUUGGCAAGUGGGUCAGCUUUUGAAGUGCUGCCAUCGCAAGGAAAUGGUGUUUGGAAAGUGAAGUUGGUGAUCAGUACAAAGCAGUUGGAGGAAAUUUUCUCGGAAGAGGUUAACACAGAGGCCUUGAUUGAGAAAAUGAGAAUGGCUGCUAGCUCAGCUAGCCUCACGCCCAGGCGGACCAAGAACUCUUGGGUGGUGGGCUGGAGGAAGCCAGCACUUUUCAAUGUGUUCAAGGUGCCCACUGAGACUGGGAAAUAAGGCUCUUUAAGCCGCCAGGUUAUCGCAAUCUUAGCUAUGGAUUAACGAAGGCAUUUUCCAACUCUUCACAGCGAUUUGGUCAAUUUGACCAGGCAUUAUGUAUAUAUGUAGAAAGGAAAGGAAGGAAAAUGGGGAUUGCCGUGCUUGGCUUUUAGUUUUCUUUAGAAUUAUGUAUAAUAAUUCUAU